AUGCAACGUCAAAAUAAAUACGCACCAAUAAUUGGCAUUUUGGCUGCUUGGUUGGUCUGGAAGGUUUCAGGUCUCUACAUCCAAGAGCCUCCAUAUACAGAAGAGGAAAGAAUUGCAGAGUAUCACAGGCGUGGAUAUACCUGGCCGCUUCGUGAAGGCGAGUACGUUCCCAAUGUCAAAGGCUGGAAAGAACUCAUGAAGCGACGUUUUGAGCAAGUUAUUGCCAACACAGAGCCUCAAGAAAGAUGGGACGGGUGGCUUCAAACAAUCGCAUCGGCGAAAACUGUACCGAAUUUUACAGAAUUUGGUUGGGGACUCACACAUGGUCCUGAGCAACUAACUUUGGAACUCGUUGAUGCCGUUUACAAAGGGAUCCCAACUGCGAGGGGAGAAGGACAGCUUGACAUUCUUGAUGGACCAAUGCCACUGUUCAUUGACCGUGAAGAUUUAAUGCACAAAGUUCUAUUUGAAAUGAAACCAAUACUGGAAGCAUGGGCAGGUAUCGAGCUGGAGCCGUCGAUCGCAUAUGGCUUUAGACUUUACAGAAAUGAGUCGCGGCUAUGGAUGCAUGUCGACAGAACUCAGACACAUGUAAUAUCUUGCAUCUAUCAUAUUGCAAGUUCAAAGGAUGCCGACCCAUGGCCCAUUGUGGUUGAAGAUUUCGAUGGCCAUACAAACUCGGUUGUCCUCAAGCCUGGAGAUAUUCUCUUGUACGAGUCAGCCAAGACUUUUCAUGGUCGUCCGUCCCGUUUCAAAGGAACAUUUUACACAUCGGUACUUGUGCACUUUUAUCCAAAGGAAGGGUGGAAUUCAAUAGAUCGAGAUUUGGAAUGCCAUUAUGCGGUGCCACCCAAGUGGUAUGAAACGCAACCCAGUAGUUUGGAAAAACUCAGAUGGGUUGGAGCCUCGGCCCUUGAGCCAGAAUGUCCAGAUUCCUGGUGUAAUUUGCGUUGUGCAAAGACUUGGAAAGGACCAUGGGAAUACGGAAAGAUCCUGACGGGAAGGGGCAGAAAGUUUGAUUUGCAGCUGCUGCCUAGAGACGUUUUGGCGUCACGACGGAAUCAAGUGCAAUCACGAGUGCAGUGCUGUUUGUCAAAUCGGUCACCUGCUCCUUCUUUAUGGCAAACCAAAUGUACGGCAGAGGUAGUUUGA